AUGUUGUGGAUGCUGCUUGUUUUCUUGCUGCUAUCAAACAUGCAACAACAUUACAGUUGUAAUGCAUUUGGAAACCCACAAGUGCCUUGUCUCUUCGUUUUUGGGGACUCUUUGUCGGAUAAUGGGAACAACAACAAUCUUUUUACAUUGGCAAAAACCAAUUAUCCACCUUAUGGGAUUGAUUUCCCCAUGGGGCCUACAGGAAGGUUUACCAACGGUCGUAAUGUGAUCGAUAUCCUUGCUCAACUUCUUGGAUUCGACGAUUACAUUCCACCUUUCGCUAAUGCUAAAGGCGAGGAAAUACUCAAAGGUGUCAAUUAUGCAUCAGGUGGAGGGGGAAUUCGCAGUGAAACUGCACAAGAACUGGGUGAUCAGAUAAGCAUGGAUCAGCAGUUGCAAAAUCACCAGAUUACGGUGUUGGAGAUGAACCAGAUGUUGGGAAAUCAUAACAAAUCAGCUGCAGAGUACCUAAGCAAGUGCAUAUAUGUUGUUGCAAUUGGUAGCAACGACUAUGUUAAUAACUACUUCUUGCCGCGGUUCUUCCUUACUAGCCGAAUAUACACCCCACAGCAAUAUGCUGUUGUUCUCAAUCACCAAUUAUCUCAGCAAUUAACGACUUUGUACAAGUAUGGAGCAAGGAAAUUUGCCGUAUACGGGCUGGGUGCGUUAGGCAGUACUCCAUACGAACGGAAUUCAUGUGGAAGUGGAACGAAUGUCUCUGCAUGUGUGGACAACAUCAACAAUGCGGCCGAACUUUUCAAUGAUGGGCUUAAAUCACUGGUGGCUCAGCUCAAUCAAAAUCUAAUCAAUGCUACUUUUAUCUUCAUCAACUCUACUGGAAUCGCGUCGAGCAGUUCAUCUAUGGCUUCCAUGGUUGCAGAUGUUCCCUGCUGCAAAGUGUCGAGCGUUACUGGUCUAUGCGUUCCAUUUGGAAAUCCAUGCAGUAACCGGAGCCAAUAUUUAUUUUGGGAUGCUCUCCAUCCCACUGAAAUCCUAUAUGAGUUGUAUGCUAGAAGAGGAUACAAAGCUGAGUCUCCAAGUGAUGCUUAUCCAUUUGAUAUCACUCACCUCGCACUGCUCUAACAUGGGAGGAGGAUAUUUCUCAUAAUAAAGCAAUAAGUUUACGUUCUAAAUGAUCAACCAAAUGCAACACAGAUGACCAUGCAUUGUUGAUUGUUAGCAACUAUAAGUUGUAGCAGAAAUCUUAUUGCCAUGGCUGAAAAUUAUCAACAAAUGAAAAGAAUAUCAGCAAAGCUACUAACUCAACUCCAAUACAACUCUUGCAAUACUGGGUUUUGAUUAACCUUUAUUAAAAAAUGCUCAUAAAUCAAAAUGGUUAUUGGGCACUCCACAUCAAUCCAAUUGUAGAUGAGUUGUAUAAGAGUUGCGUUUUUAAAAUUUAGUGUAUUAAAAUUUCCUUGUCAUCAAGUUGUUGCAAUAAAUCGAUUGCAAUAGUGAUCGGCGAUUAAAAAAAGGUUGGCGACGACAUUUUAGUGAUGACAAAUUAUAUCGUUGCAAAGCAACCUUUUAGUGACUUCAUUUUAUGUUCCUAGAAAAGUAGAAUCUCAUUGCAUUUGGAUAAAACCCAAGAAAAUGAAGAGAAUAAUACUUGUGUAUUACUUGAUCAUAAUCGAUUUA